CCCAGCAAUGGACAGGCCCCUAAGGAUGGCCAAAAGGACGGUAAACCUCCUGCUGAUAACAAGAGCCCUGUUGACGGCAAGAAGCCCAACAAUGGACAGACCCCUAAGGAUGGUCAAAAGGACGGUAAACCUGCUGCUGAUAACAAGAACCCUGUUAAUGGCAAGAAUCCAGCCCCAGUUGAUGACAAGACUCCGACUGAUGGCAAGGCUCCGGCUGAUGACAAGACUCCAGUUGACGACAAGACCCCAGUUGAUAACAAGACUCCAGUUGACGGCAAGACCCCAGUUGAUGACAAAGUCCCAGCUGAUGACAAAGCCCCAGCUGAUGACGGGGUUCCGGCUGAUGACAAGGCUCCGGUUGGUGACAAGGCUCCGGUUGGCGACAAGGCUCCGGUUGGCGACAAGGCUCCGGUUGAUGAAAAACCCCCAGCUGAUGACAAGAACCCUGUCGACAACAAGAAUCCGGCUGACAAGGCUCCGGUUGAUAAUAAGGCCCCAAACCCUACACCU